AUGUACAUGUUCUAUUUUAAUGUCUUUCUACGCGAAAUACUCACGCAUUCUUUCUUUCUUUCUUUCUUUCUUUCUUUCUUUCUUUCCUUUAUUUUCUUUCCUUUCCUUUUCUUUUAUUUAUUUCCAUUUCUUUCUUUCUUUCUUUCUUUACUUUUCUUUUGUUUGUUUGUUUCUUUCUUUUUUCUUUCUUUUUUAUUUUCUUUCCUUUCCUUUUCUUUUAUUUAUUUCCCUUUCUUUCUUUCUUUACUUUUCUUUUGCUUGUUUGUUUGUUUGUUUGUUUGUUUCUUUCUUUCUUUUUCUUUUUCUUUAUUUCUUUCUUUACUUUCUUUAAUUUCUUUCUUUUUUCUUUCUGUCUUACCAUUUCUUUACUUUUCUUUUUUUUCUUUUUCUUUUCUUUCUUUCCAUUUCUUUCCUUUUCUUUAUUUCCUUGUUUUUCUUUUCUUUCUAUUCUUCAUUCUUUCUUUUCUUUCUUUUUUCUUUAUUUCUUUUUUCUUUCUUUCUUUCUUUCUUUCUUUCUUUCUUUCUUUUUUCUUUCUUUCUUGCGUUUCAUUUCUUUUCUUUUCUUCCCUUUUCUUUCUUUCUUACAUUUUCUUUUUUCUUUUUCUUUCAUUCAUUUUUUACUUUCUUUCUUUCUUUCUUUCUUUCUCUCUGCCUCUUUCGUUUCCUCACGUUUCUUUCUUUCUUUUUUUCGUUGCUCCUUUUUCUUUCUCUUUAUUACUUUUCACUCUGUCUCUUUAUUUAUUUAUUUCUUAUUUUCUAUUUAUUUAUUUUUUGUUUGUUUGUUUGUUUGUUUCUUUCUUUCUUUCUUUCUACAUUCCAAUCUUUGUCUUCCCAUCUUUCUUUCUUUCUUUUCUUUUUUUCUUUUCUUUCUUUCUUUCUUUUCUUUCUUUCUUUCUUUUCUACAUUCCACCCUUUAGUCUUCCCAUCUUUCUUUCAAUUCUUUCUUUUUUCUUUUCUUUCUUUCUUUCUUUCUUUCUUUUUCUUUCUUUUCUUUCUACAUUCCACCCUUUGUCUUCCCAUCUUUCUUUCAAUUCCUUUCUUUCUUUCUUUCUUUCUUUCUUUCUUUCUUUCUACAUUCCACCCUUAGUCUUCCCAUCUUUCUUUCAAUUCCUUUCUUUCUUUCUUUCUUUCUUUCUUUCUUUCUUUCUUUCUUUCUUUCUUUCUUUCUUUCUUAACGUUUUGGUCAUCCCAGUGAGCUACCUUCUUUCUUUCUUUCUUUCUUUCUUUCUUUCUUUCUUUCUUUCUUUCUUUCUUCUCACAUUCCUUUAUUUCUUUUCUUCUUUAUCUUUCAUCGCCUUUUUGUUUGUCCUCAUCUCUAAUUUUUUUUUUAUUCGGCCUUCUCUAGUCAAUGUAAUUGUCGCAAUAGAUUCAAUGAAUAUUUCCUCAUUUCAUGUCAAUAUCAAUUUAAAUAAAACCCCGUCCCCUGGUGCUUAA